AUAUAUUAAAUAAUUGAAUUAUCUCUUCCAUUGGCUUCCUUCGGCAUUUUCAUCUCUGUCUCCUGCUCCCACCCAUAAUGCCAGCUCUCACCUCACCGUUUAUCACUUCCUUCUCUCAUGCCAUCCUAACAUGGCCGGUCCAGAACACAAGUCUUACAAAAGACUACGUCUCACUUCUGAUCCUGGUUCUGUCGACCGUCUUCGCCCUCACCUGGUACCUAUGGAUCUUUUGCUUGAGAAAAGAAAAGGGAAGCCCGCCGGGCCCUUCCGGCCUCCCGCUCGUCGGGAGCCUGCCCUUCUUGGACCCUGAGCUCCACACGUACUUCGCUCGCCUGGCUCGCAAGUACGGUCCUGUCCUCAAAAUCAUGCUCGGAAGCAAGGCCGGCAUCAUUAUCACCUCUCCCUCCGCUGCCCGUGAGGUCCUAAAGGACCAUGACGUCACUUUUGCCAACCGGGACGUGCCUGCAGCUGGCCGGGCUGCCUCGUACGGCGGGAGGGACAUCGUGUGGACUCCAUACGGUCCCGAGUGGAGGAUGCUCCGGAAGGUGUGCGUGCUCAAGAUGCUCAGCAACACGACCCUCGACUCAGUUUACGGGCUCAGGAGGCGAGAGGUCCGCGAGACCGUCCGGUACUUCUAUGGACGGGCAGGGUCACCAGUGAACGUGGGAGAGCAAAUGUUCCUCACGGUCCUGAACGUGGUCACGAGCAUGAUGUGGGGCGGGACCGUGCAGGGCGAGGCUCGGGCCAGGCUAGGCGCAGAGUUCAGGCAGUUGGUAACGGAGUUUACGGCCCUCCUGGGGAAGCCGAACGUGUCGGAUUUCUUCCCCGGCCUGGCCCGGUUCGACCUGCAAGGGGUCGUGAAGCAGAUGAAUGUGCUUGUUGGGCGGCUUGACAAGAUCUUUGAGAUGAUGAUUGAGCAGCGGCUGAGAAUCGAGAAGGACACUGAAGCCGCUGCCACCACGGGCGACCGGGAAAGAGCCGGCGAGGAUUUCUUGCAGUAUCUGCUGAAGCUGAAGGAAGAGGAGGAUGGCAAGAUCCCGCUGACUAUGGUUGGCAUCAAAGCUCUAUUAAUGGAUAUGGUGGUGGGCGGCACAGACACGUCUUCCAACACGGUGGAGUUCGCCAUGGCGGAGGUGAUGAACAAGCCCCACGUCCUCGCCAAAGUCCAGCAAGAGCUCGACGCGGUUGUCGGUAAGGACAACAUCGUAGAGGAAUCCCACAUUGGCAGCCUCCCCUAUCUCCAAGCCGUCAUGAAGGAGUCCCUCCGCCUCCACCCAGCUCUCCCUCUGAUGGUCCCGCACUGCCCCAGCGAGGACACCGUCGUUGGUGGCUUCACUAUCCCGAAGGGUUCCAGGGUCUUUGUUAACGUGUGGGCCAUCCACCGCGACCCGAACCUUUGGGAGAAUCCAUCCGAAUUUGAACCCGAGAGGUUCCUGAACAGGAAUAGGACAGGGGACUACAGUGGCAAUGACUUCACGUACUUCCCAUUUGGAUCCGGGAGGAGGAUAUGCGCCGGAGUAGCAAUGGCGGAGAGGAUGGCGUUGUACUCCCUCGCGACCCUCUUCCAUUCAUUCGAUUGGAAGCUGCCUCAGGGGGAGAAUAUGGAUCUGUCCGAGCAGUUUGGGAUCGUCCUGAAGAAGAAGGUGUCACUAACCGCUAUUCCGAUGCCAAGGCUGUCCGAUCCCGCUCUCUACGAAUAGUUCUUGCCUAGUUCAACAUCGAGAGGAAGGCAUCAGCGCAUGUAAACGACGGAUUCAAAAGAAUUUUAUGGAGUUCUUGCGCCUGUCUAGAUUGAUUGAAGAGUCCUGUCAGCUUAGUCAUGUAUUUGAAUUAAUAAAUCCAUAAUAACACUUGAAAGUUGACAAAAGUGAAAGGCUUUCCACUUUAAUAGUCGCAAUAUUUCGAAGCA